GAUCAUUUGCAAGACGUACACCACUGCACCCUCCAUUGACUAAUCAAGGAUAGCAGCAUUCUUUUCCAACCCAAAAUUCAUUCAUGAAAAUUGCCAAUUUUUAUUAUUAUAAAUCCAACUCAAACACCCCAAAUAAUGACAGAAAUAUUCCAAUCUCUCCGUCUCUCUCUCAUGUUCUGUGGGCUAGUACUGCAUUUACUUUGAAUAAUUUUUGGCUUUCUUUUCAUUAAUUUCUUCACUCGCUGAUUUCUCUGUUUCUGACACCAAACCAAACCUCUCUUCAAAUCAAAGAUUUCUUAUUUGUUGGUUCCUUUGAAACUUCACUCUUUCAUUUUCCAACUGUUGGUUUGCUUUCAUGGGUUGUUAUGGAUUUUAAUUCACAGAUUUACUCUUAAGCUUACUUCAAUCAUUUUUAUCCCUAAUUUUUAUCGUCCGCUUACCUUUAAUAACUUAUUGAUAAACACUGGCAUUGUACUUGAGCUUCUUGUUCUAACACGAACUUAUUUUCUCUGUUUAAGGAUAAAUUCACUUAUCCAAUUCCAGAUUAUUUUCUUUUUUACUUCUUGUGGGUCCUCUUCAUUUCUCCUUUUGGCUUUCUAGGAAACUAUUAUUUGAUGGGUUUUGUAAGUUCUUGAUGUGUGUAAAGAUUCAAGAUGGGAUCUUUUACUUCAUUUCAAGUACUUUUGCUGAGUUUGGCACUCUUUCUGGCUUCUUGUAAUGCAUUGCCACAAAAUGAAGCUGCAGCUCUCACUUUCUUCAAGAGAGCUAUUAUGGAGGAUCCGCUUCAAAUUUUGUCAGAUUGGAACUAUCUAGAGUCCGAGCCCUGUGAAUGGUCUGGAAUUUCUUGUUCUAUGGCCAGGGAUCAUGUCAUAAGGCUUAACAUAUCUGGGCAAUCUUUGAAGGGUUUCAUUGCACCAGAACUGUACCAACUCUCUAAUUUGCAAGAAUUAAUUUUGCACGAAAAUUUGCUGAUGGGCACUAUCCCGAAGAAAAUUGGUAAGUUAAAAAACCUGAAGGUCUUGGAUUUGGGCGUCAACCGGCUAACAGGACCAAUUCCUCCUGAGAUUGGAAACUUAACCAAUCUUGUGAAAAUAAACCUACAAUCGAAUGGGUUGACAGGGAGGUUGCCUUCCGAGCUUGGCAACUUGAAGCACCUCGAGGAAAUUAGGCUGGAUAGGAAUAGGCUUCAGGGACGACUCCCAGUUGGUAAUGGCUCAGAGUUCCCUUCCAAGGUGCAUGGGAUGUAUGCUUCAAGUGGAAAUCCCACAGGUUUUUGUCUAUCGUCCCAAUUAAAAAUUGCUGAUUUUUCAUACAACUUUUUUAAUGGAAGCAUACCCAAGUGCUUGGGAUAUCUUCCUAGAUUGAGCUUCCAAGGUAAUUGCCUUCAAGACAAAGACUCCAAGCAGCGUACUACGGAACAAUGUGGUAAUUGUCCUUGUGCUCAUUUAAAGACACAUGAAUAAGGUUUCACAUAUAUAAAUUAGAGCUUUCCCCCUGAGGGAUGAAAAACCACUGAUAAAAUUUUACAUUCU